GGCCAAAAUUAGAAUUGCUGGUUAUAAAAUGUUAUUAAAACUUCUAGGUGGGGUUAUUGUUUGAUUUACCUUUGGCCUGAAUAUGAGCUAAUCGGCUGAUUAUGUCUUUAUAACGGACACGUCAUUCCUGUGGCGUUUGUGCACCACCUCAUAGGCGCGUCUGUUAUCGGGGCUGGGUCAUAAUGUGAAUUAUACAGCCAAGAUAACAUUGAAAACCUUAGGGAAGCGGUUUAAUUAAAGAAUGUGUAGAAACGGGGGUGGAGAGCGUUUCUGUAAUUCUCACGUCGGAGAUAUCCUGUGGAAAGUAAACAGAAGAUGUAUAAAUGCUGACCCGGUCUGAGCUAUGCUAAGUUGCAGACGACCGAGGUUUGACGAACGCACACGAGCAGAGCCGAGCACGAGAUGUACCGGUCCUUCUUCGCCUUCUCCCUGCUGAUCGCAGCCUGCCUGGCCGGCCCUGUGCCCUUGAACAAAGCAGAGGAAGAUGCAAUACUGUUACUGGAAAAGAAAUUGCCGAAACAGAAGCCCCUGCGGACGAAACAGCAGGCAGAGAAGGACAUCAUGGACCAGAUUCUGGACGCAAACAACGAGCUGAACCUGUUUGAGGGUGAUAUCCCCGGAGUGUCUGUGAACACCAUGGCCAGGAACGCCAUCAGGGACGUGACUAAAGUCUGGACCUCCCGAAACAUCCCCUUCGUCAUCCAAACCACCGACUUCAGUAGCUCAGAGCUGGCCGUGAUCGACCAGGCCAUAGAGGAGUACCACCUGCAGACCUGCAUACGGUUCGUGCCGAGGACCAACGAACCUGACUACAUCCACAUCAAGAAGCUUACAGGUUGCUGGUCUGGCGUGGGGGUGGCUGGCGGAGAACAGGAGGUGUCGUUCGGGAACGGCUGUAUCCACAAGGGCAUCAUGAUGCACGAGCUCAUGCACGCCGUCGGCUUCUGGCACGAACAGUCCCGCAGUGACAGGGACGACUGGGUCGUCAUCCAGUGGGAGAACAUCCAGGAAGGGAAGGCACACAACUUCAACAAGUACUCGCAGACCGAGGUGGACACGCUGGGCGCGACCUACGACUACGGCUCCGUCAUGCACUACAGCGCCACGUCCUUCAGCAAGAGCGGGCUGCCCACCAUCGUGGCCCGCACACCCACGGAGGAGGUGAUGGGCCAGCGGAACGGCUUCAGUACCCUGGACCUGCAAAAGAUCAACCAGCUCUACAGCUGCCACAUGCCUGUCGGCUGGAGUGACUGGUCGGCCUGGAGUCCAUGUGACGAUACCUGCACCAAGACCAGGCGGCGCUUCUGUUCCGACCCUGCCGGCUGUAGCGGACAUACCACCGAGACACAGACCUGCCCCUGGCCUUGUAUGGCUGGUGUUCACCCUGACUGUGGCAGCAGCUUUCUCGGCGGCCCCAGCGGGGAGAUCAAGUCCCCCAUGCACCCUCAGAACUACCACGACUUCCUGAACUGCCAGUGGCUCAUCAACGCCACCGGAUCUGACCCCAUCACCCUCAGCUUCAAGGAGUUCUCCGUGGAGGCUGGCGGCGCCAACUGUGCUUAUGACGCUCUGAAGGUGUACGAUGGCGCGAACGACAAGGCACCUCUGCUCGGUACCUUCUGCGGAGAGGAAAACCCACCGGAAUUUACGUCAUCGGGAGACCGGAUGUUCAUCACCUUCUCUACCGACAGCUCCUACAACCAAAGGGGAUUCAUCAUGGAGUACUCCAGUGUUCCACUACUGACGGACUGUGACUUCGACACCGACAUGUGCACCUUCUUCCAGGACAAUUCGGACAACUUCGACUGGAUACGUCACACAGGGUCCACUCCGUCCGGACAGACUGGCCCGACUGCUGACCACACCAGCGGAACGGGACACUACCUGUUUAUCGAGGCCUCCAGUCCCCAGGACGUCGGGCACAACGCCAUCCUCCGGUCCCAGAUCUACCCGCCCAGCUCCGCCGGGUACUGCCUGGACUUCUACUACCACAUGUACGGGAGUAUGGUCGGCGACCUGAAUGUCUACCUCUUCACCGGAGUGAGGCAGGAGGAACCUACCUGGAGCAUGUCCGGUAACCAAGGCAACCAGUGGCUCCGCGCACGCGUCGAGAUCAAACCCACAAGCAACUUCCAGCUCAUGUUCGAGGCCGUCCGAGGCGGUGAUUGGCGGGGAGACAUCGCCAUCGACGACAUCAAGCUGAUCAGCCACCCCUGCCAGUAAAAUGGACCAUCCAAGCAGCGACUAAUACGCCCCUCACCCCCACAUUGCACUUUGCACUUGUAGAUUUAGAAAAAAACACCUUAAUAUAUAUUCACGUAACUUAUAUUGCACAAUAACGUGUACGUUCUGGUGAAUCCUUUUAAUUACAAGAAAAUUACAGGCCUGACCUGUGCAGGACGACAAUACACCGCAAGGUGGCUGAAUUAUACCCGAUCGCGAUGGCAGGACCAUCUCAGUACGUAUUUACAAGGAAGUUUGAAGGUCUCUCUUUAACGUUCUUGUUAUCAACAUUUGGCAUUUCCGAAAAAGUUAAUAUAUAAAGUAUUUAUUUUUUGUUUUAGAAGCACGUUUGUUGCACUAUUUUAAGUUAUCGACGCUGACCUUAAAGGUCAAUAAAAUACAAGCAUUUGAGAAAGAA